AUGGAGUUUUAUGUUGAAGAAGGAAAAGAAGUAGACCAAAAUUGCUCCACUUUAAUUCUGCCGGCGUUAUCGAUUGCUUACGAGUCUUCAUCCAGUGCAUUGUCACUUGUACAGCAGCGGUCUCCGGUUGUUAAGGGUAUGAUGGUAGAAUACGCUAAGAAUUUAGCAAAUUUCGCAGCUGCUAAUGGGAAGAAGCACGUCAUCAUCCUUUCCAGCUUGGAUUUUGGGCGUUGGCACACCAUUGACCUGUCAAGUGGUUUGCAGAUAUUUUACCUCUCUACUUCAGGUAUGGAUGGAACAGAUGAAGACUGUGAGAGGCUUGGAUGGAACAGGUUGCAGGAGUAUAAUCCUUCUCAGAGGAUGUGGAAGUAUCUUAACUCCUUAGCUGAAGGGGGUUCCAUGUUGGAAGAAGACUUGCCUUUCGAAGAGCUAGGAGAUGAAGAUUACUACCCAAGUUUGCCUUUUGCCGCACUCUUUUCUUGCCUUAAGGCGAAAGGUUUAAAGGUUACUUGCUUACUAUGUUAUUGCUCGGAGGGAGACAAUAUACCUGAAGCUUUCCAUUUGGCUGAAGCAGCAAGCAAACUUACGGGGCUGAGCCAGAAUGAAUUCCAUGGCAAUGAAGCUGGAAAAUGGAUUAUACCUUUUUCAUGGAAGAGCGUCUAUGGACCUCCCGCAGAUGUUUCUCUCUUUUAA